AUGCAGGUAUUGUCGGAAAUUCCAGUAUCUGAAAAUGUGAUGAGUACACUAUUUGUUAACUUGUUGGCAUUCUUCCUUGGUCUUGUGAUUUCUAUUUCGGUAAAGUGGCUUUUACGGCGAUGGAAAAGUACUCCGAAAGAGGUCCGCCCUCUCUCGCGUGCACAGAGGGCGGCGCAGGCGCUGGAGAAAAUGAAACGAAACGUUAAUAUCUCAGAGCACCAACGGAAGAAAAAUGUGGAAACUGAAAAGGAAGAUAAAGAUAAUGAAAAUGAAAAUGAUGGUAGUGAUGAAUGGAGCACUGAAGAGAGUGAGGAGGAGUGUGAAAGUUCAGAAGAAGACAGCGAGUUUGAGCGUAUGGAGGAACUGCGCCUAAAAAUGGUGCUGGUAAUUCGGCGUGAUGUAAAAAAAGUCUCUUCUCAGGAUAUUGCCGUUUCUGCUGCAGGAGCCGCUGCUGAAUUGGUUCAGAAAAUACAGAGUGAUGUUGAUAACAUACAGUGGCAAGAGUGGUAUUUGUGGUGGAACCGAGUCGGAUGUGCAAAAAUUACUCUCAAAUGUCCAGAUGCUGAGACAUUUAAACGUAUUGUUGAACAGGCCGACGCAUCUAAGAUACCGUGGUGCACUGCAACAAGCUCAACUUCUUCACAACCUCCUUCUCUUCCUUCUUCUUCUUCUUCUUCUUCUUCACCGUCUUGUAGUGUUCUGGAUAAUGUGAUGGUGGUGGCUCUUGGACCAGCUCCUUCCGCUGUUUUGGAUCCCAUAACUGGGAGUUUGAAACUACUUUCCUGA